CGCUUGCUGUCUCGCUCAUUCCCUGCACUAUGGCUGCUAAGAGAGUUGUGGCGGUGUUUGGAGCUACAGGUGCUCAGGGGGGUUCAGUGGCUGCCGCCCUGCUGGCCAAUGGUGGUUACACCGUCAGGGCAAUUACAAGGGACACCACCAAACCGGCGGCCCUCAAGCUAAAAGAAGCCGGGGCGGAGGUGGUGUGUGCGGAUCUGGACAAUGAGACCAACGUGGAGUCGGCACUGACUGGGGCAGAUUCAGCCUUUGUUGUCACCAAUUUCUGGGAACACUUUAACAAAGACAAAGAGAUUGAGCAGGGGAAACGGAUCGCAGAUGUGACCAAACGUCUGGGCCUGAAGCAUGUGGUCUACAGUGGGUUGGAGAAUGUGAAGAAGCUGACGGGGGGAAAGCUAGAGGUGCUCCACUUUGAUGGCAAAGGAGAGGUGGAGGAGUACUUCCGAGCGAUCGGGGUCCCCAUGACCAGCGUCAGACUCCCCAGCUAUUUUGAAAACCUGCUGACCUUCUUCAGGCCAACAAAAGCAAGUGACGGGGAGACCUACAAUCUUGCCAUCCCUAUGGGUGACAUCUUGCUGGAUGGGAUGUCCGUGUCAGAUCUGGGGCCAGUGGUGGUCAGUGUCCUGAAGUGCCCAGCCAAGUACAUAGGGAAGGACAUCGGACUCAGCACAGACAAGCUAUUGGUGGCCCAGUACGCUGACAUCAUGUCCAAGGCCACUGGGAAAACCAUCAAAGAUGCCAAGAUCUCCCUAGACGCCUACAGAAGUUUAGGGUUCCCUGGAGCACAAGAACUGGGCAAUAUGUUUGAGUUCUACCAGAUGAAACCAGUCCGGAAUGUGGAUCUCACGCUCGAGCUCAACCCCAAAGCCAAGAAGUUCCAGGAGUGGAUGCAGCAGAACAAGGAUGCCUAUAAAGACUUGUAAGAAAGGACCUUUCUCCUCAUCUUCUCCAGCCCAUUCUGUUGGGGUUUCCUUCCCUCAAGAGCCCAGGAGGCCUGAAGCUUUGUAUUUUGUGGGGCCCCUGGACUGUGAGACCAGAGCAAUACAUUAUGUCAUAGUCCUGACCCAGGGCUAAGCCUUUUUCUGUAUAAAUAAAGAGAUUAUUCAUC